UCUUGUUCAGGUUUCUACCUCAAGAUAUCCAAAGCGAAGCCCCAUUCAGAAUCAGGCAAUUACCAAUUAUAUUGGCACCCCAAGGUUGGCAAAGAAGGGGAAAAAAAUCAGAAAACUUCAAUUCUGUAUCAAAAUCACAUAGCAAUGAUGAAGCGGAAUUGGAAAGUUUAUAUUCCAAAAUGAUUUUCCCUGAAGCUCAGGCCCAACCAGCUGCUGCUCUCUGUGCAUCCAAUGAGGCUGUGUCUGACAACCAUAGGCCAGUAAGGGAGUCUAAUGAAGCCUCAAAUAUAGUUGAGAGCAGACCAGAAGGGAGUGCCAGUAAUUGUAAUCAAAGGGAAGAGCAUCUAGGCCAAACUUUUAGUCUUGACCUGACGGAAACGGCUGAAAUGUUGGAUGACAAAUCUUUUGAUCUCCAUGAGGUUGGAACUUCUCUUGAUUCUGCUUUGGUCACGGUUAAUGGAUACAGAGUGAAGCCAGAAUGGGCAUCUCUCCUUAACACUAUAUUUUUUAGACAUGGAGACAUUGCUAAGGAUUGCUCUCUUGUGGGUAUGAAAUCCCAUUCAUCUCUCCUGGGGAUAAUCUGUGAGAUCAUCCGGAAAUUACAGGAUAACAGAAUUCAUACAUAUCACACCUGUAGAGCUCAAAUCCAUGUUUGUGAUAUGGAAACUGUAAAGCUGGAGGUUAGAUGGUUGCAUCAGAGGCUGGAUGAAAUUUUUUAGGCCAUGCAUCAGUUCAAUGGUAUUUCAGCCUGGAGGAGGCGUAAAGAAGACGAAUUAAAGUCAUUGAGAGAAAAGAGGAAAAGUUAAAAAGCUUUAACAUGGAGUUUCUAGCUUCACCGGAGGAGAUUCUAGCUUUACAGCAGAAGAGUCUAACUUUAAAGGAGAAAGUCCUUUUAGCAGAGAAAUGAGCCGACUUCAAUCAAGGCCGAGGCUGAGAAGAUUGAUGAGACGGUCUGAGAGGCAAAGGCAAAAGUGAAAUGUUUUUAAAAGAAGUCUUUGAUGCAUGGCCUACUUUAGUUUAAUCUCUGUUUGACGACUUUAAACCGAAAAAUUGUAUCCGUUAGCUGAGAUAUAUAGUUGGUGUUAUGUUUACUGUGAUUGGAAACUAGAGUUUUUAACACUCCUAUAUUAAAGCUGUGAAACUUGAUUCAACUUGUAUGUUCUUUUUCCUUUUA